CACACAAUUAUUUCAUUAAGGGUUUUAAAAGGUUUUUCCAAAAUGUGGUUCCUCGACAUUUUUAGUUUGUGUUUGUUGUUUUCCUGUGUUUUGACUGAAAAUAAGAAGCCAAAUAUUAUAGUGAUCGUAGCUGAUGAUAUGGGCUAUAAUGAUGUUGGUUUUCACGGCAGUAAUGAAAUCCCCACGCCGAACAUCGACGCUCUGGCUUAUAAUGGGGUCAUUUUAAACAGCCAUUACACUCAGGCCUUAUGCACUCCGUCUAGAGCAGCAUUCUUGACUGGGAAAUACCCAAUCCAUUUAGGGAUGCAACAUUUGGUUAUCCUGGAACCAGAACCAUGGGGUUUACCGUUAAACGAAACAGUGUUACCACAGCACUUGAAAAGAAAUGGUUACGUCACUCACGCCAUAGGAAAAUGGCAUUUAGGUUUCCACAAAAAAGAAUACACUCCUACGUAUAGAGGGUUUGACUCUCACUUUGGUUACUGGCAAGGACUUCAAGACUACUAUAAACACACCGUACAAGCAACGUACACCAGUGAGCACGGCUAUGACAUGCGCAGAAACAUGACGGUGGACUGGGAUUCCCAGGGAAAAUACUCCACGACCCUCUUUACCGAUGAGGCUGUCAAACUUAUCAAAGACCACAAUACGGAAAACCCUAUGUUCAUGUAUUUGGCGCACCUAGCCCCUCAUUCCGGUAACGACGAUGACCCCUUGCAAGCUCCCGAUGAGGAGAUAGCUAAAUUCGCCCACAUUGAGGACCCUGAAAGGAGGAUUUACGCUGCUAUGGUUUCUAUGUUGGAUAGAAGCGUUGGGAGUGUUAUGCACGCACUAAGGGAGAAACGCAUGUUGGAGAAUUCCAUUGUUCUGUUCAUGUCCGACAACGGCGCCAAUCCCGAUGGUAUUCACGCCAAUCACGGCUCGAAUUAUCCCCUGAGAGGUGUCAAAAAUUCGCCGUGGGAGGGCGCGCUGAGAAACAUAGCGGCCAUUUGGAGUCCCUUGAUCAAAAAACCGCAACGAGUGUCCAAUCAGUUGAUGCACAUCUCCGAUUGGUUGCCGACCUUUUAUUCGGCCGCCGGGUUGAAUAAAUCGGAGUUGGGUGCUAUGGAUGGUUUGGAUUUGUGGGGGGUUAUUUCGGGCGACGAGAAGAAUCCCAGGACGGAACUUCUGCAUAAUAUCGACGACGUUUAUCGCUAUGGGGCGGUACGACAAGGCGACUUUAAGUACUUGUAUGGGUCCACGAGUGAGGGUCAAAAAGACGCGUGGUAUGGUUCUACAGGUAAAGAUGGCGACUAUAAAUACGCGGUGGACUCCAUACUGCAAUCGCAGAGUGCUACAAGUCUUGCCGGGUUGGUGACAUACCAACAAAUCAAACAGAAGAGUGUUAAUCAUCAAAACAAAUUCUCCGUUAAUAUACUGGACGAAAAAACCGUGCUUAAACUGCGAGAUGAAGCCACGGUUAAGUGUAAAAACGUUGAUUUGCACGAGCAAGACCCAUCGCAAGUCUGCGAUCCGAUGAAAUCGCCGUGUCUCUUCAACAUAGUAGAGGACCCAUGCGAAAUGGUCAAUCUAGCUGUAUCGAGGCCGAAUGUGGUCUACAACAUGGAGCAAACCAUGCUGCGCUACAGAAAAACCCUGAAACCUAUGAUCAACGUGCCUAGGGACCCCAACGCGGAUCCGGCCAAAUGGAAUGGCACCUGGGUGAAUUGGUUGGACUGCGAGGUUGUGGUGAAACAAAAAAUCCUCUUCAAUGUCCUAACGCCCCUGCAAAUAGGCAUUAUUGUUGGUGCUGGAGUAGCUGCACUCAUAGUUAUAAUAGUUUUAGUUUGCAUUAAGCUUCAAUCACCAAAGAGGAGUAUUCCAGUUAAGACGUACUUUGAAGAAAGUGAGGAGGUUAAUUUAAGAAUACCCACCAAAGAUAGCAGAUUCGAGAAUAGAGAGUUGAAGAUGAUGAACGAGAUUAGAACAGAACCAAAAAAUGCAAAUUAAAAUUACUGCAAUUUUUCACCACUGGGAAAAACUGUAUGUGAUAAACAGUAUUAGUUUUGCUAAUUUCUUAUAGAAAUUAACACAAACGCACAAAUGAAUAUUUAUUUUUUAUACCUACAUGUACAUAAAAUUAUGCCAAAUAAAUUAACUACCUAA